GGCUCCGGCAUGUCACUUCAUGCAACAGAGACGACCAGCGCACACCCAGAGUCCGUGUUCUCCGCGCCCUCCGGCCACUUUUUGUCCCUUUCGCUCGUUCGCCUUUCGCAAAGCCUUCACUGUCUGAUCUGAUCUCGACGCCAUGAUUGCUGCCGCGGCGGCGGCGACGUCGCCUCGAGCGCGGCGAUGGGCCAUCGGCGCUCUACUCGUCGGCGGCAUCUUCUACUUGACUGUCCUGUUCCCCAAGCUCCUCGAGUUUAGUCGGCUGUUCGGCCCCCACGCCGGGACCGUGAUGACGCAGGAGCAGGUCCUGAAUGCCCACCAUGCCUCGCUCUCGUUGCCGGAUAGCCGGCCGCGGCCCGUACCGCGCAUCAUACACCAGGCCUACCUCGAUGAGCAAAGCCCAGGGAACAGGACCAUUCCGCAGGAGCUCGCGACCUCGCAUUGGACGUGCGAGUCGACGCAUCCGACGUGGGAAUACAAGCUAUGGCACAGCGACGAAGCUCGAGCCUUCAUCAAAUCCGAGUUUCCUUCGUUCCUCGCCAUCUACGAUGGCUUCAAGUCCGCCCAGCAGCGAAGCGAUGCGUUGCGCUACUUCCUCGUCCGCCACUUUGGCGGCAUCUACAUCGACUUGCACAUUCACUGCGACGCGAGUCUCGAGCCGCUCCUCUUCUACCCUGCCUGGGUUGCCUACUCGGGCGAGGGGCCCCUCAGCAACGACAUCAUAGCCGGCGAGCCAGGCCACCCGUUUUGGCUCCUCAUGACUACUACCGAGUCCGACCCGGGCCCUUUCAAGGCCAAGACGCCCGCCGCCCCUCCGCACGUCGGUCCACACGUUGCCAUGGGUCCAUGGUAUGAGACACAGAAGUGGGAGCGAUACCACGCCGAGAAGCCGAGCGAUAGCCCCGAUUUGAUGCUCCUCUUGGCCGGUGAGGACAAAGCAGCCACCCCCGGGGUCUUCUUCCAUGUAGGAGAAGGGUUGAGGGAGCGGAAGGGAUCGCACGCCGUCGUCCAAUGGGCCGGGAGGCACCCGUAUCAGAUUACCUUCCUCGGCUUCGCUGUCGCUUGCGCAGCUGUUUUCACGUAUUUGAGCCUGGGCCAAACGGUUUUGGAGUAUCGGACGACGAAUAAGGGCUAUCGCGUUCUCGAGUAUCUGCCUACGACGUGGAGGUCAAGGGCGCACGUCGGCUGAGGGUCUGGUACUGCAGCUAUCCGCUUGGCUUGCGCGAAAGGCGCGACUUGAUACAAAAGCUAGCACGGCGUUUGGGUACUCUGGGAAAAUUCUUCGCAGGGCUGCGAAUAUUCACUUGUAUUAAGAUUCAGAGAGCGCUCCAAGUCUCGAGUCUGACACGAACCGGACGGUAUAACGAUUCAUGCAAAGGGGACGGCGCCACGGCUCGAGUCGCAGUGUGCGUUACUAUGUAGCGUCAGUGUUCCUAUGACAGGGUGGCGAGCGGUCCCCCGCCCCCCAGUUCAGCUCGCAAGGGACGGAGGCGAGCUCUCCAGAGUCAGACAUCGGACGACCGGCCCCGUCGCUAUGGCUAAGCCAUGAGAGCAGUAGGUGCCGUCUGGUGUUGGGGUGAUGGCCAACUCAGAGUCGGUCAUGGCCGCCUGUGAUCAAUGCAUGACGCUACAUUUGCCCGAUGUUUGUACUGUAUCGUGGUCAUGGUUACACCAAUGAUUAGCGAGAAGCGUAUCGGUGGUGCAUUUCGAUGAGCAGCUCGGCGCUCGCCGUGGAGGUUGAGUGAGAGGGUUAUCGGGGACAGUCGGAGACGAUGCCGUCAUAAAUCAAGAGAAACACAUGUAGCCAGGGCUCGCACGGGACUGAGUCGAUAGGGGUUGGCCCAGAUUCGUAUACUGAACGAAAGAUAUGUUACCUAAUAGCUAAUUCAAGUUUACACGGGAC